AUGAAUGAAUCGAUGCUUGCGAUAUUAUUUUAUCAUCUUAAUAGGCAAUAUAGAAAUCUUUCCAAUACCCUUAUAGGAAACUAUUUUGAACCACAGAGAGAUCUAGUAUUGGUCACCGGAGGGGCAAGUGGUCUAGGAAAAGAAAUUGUUAAGAAACUUGUUUCAAAAAAAGCCAAAGUGGUGGUACUUGAUAUAAAGGUUCCGGAGGAGGUAGAAAAAAUUGAAACAGUUAAUUACUACAUAUGCGACGUGAGUGACCGAAGACAGAUUAUUUGUUGUCAGAAAAAGAUAAAGCAAGAGGUUGGGAAUAUCACAAUCUUGAUCAAUAAUGCUGGCAUUACUACCGGAAAAACGCUUUUGGAUUUGAGUUACGAUGAGAUCGAAAGGACUAUCCAAAUCAACUUGAUGUCCAGUUUCUACACUAUAAAAACAUUCUUACCUGAUAUGUUAGUUAUGCAAAGAGGCUAUAUAGUUACAAUUGCUUCGGUGUUGGGAUACAUGUCUCCAGCUCGUCUAAGUGCUUAUGGUGCAUCGAAAUCUGGUUUAAUUGCAUUACACGAAUCUUUGACCUACGAAUUAGGCCCACCAUCUAUAAACCCUAAAGGAAUUAAAACCCUAUUGAUAUGUCCUGGCCAAUUGAAAACGGGCAUGUUCGAUGGUGUCAAGACACCUUCUAGUAUUCUUGCGCCCGAAUUAGAUCCCAAAUACGUUGCAGAUAAUGUUAUUUCGGCAAUAGAAUUAGGCAGGCGAGGAGAGAUUAAAAUACCAUUCUAUGGAAAUUUCUUACCAAUCUUUAGAGCCGUCCCUUGGCCAAUUGUUGAAGCAGCCAGAUACUAUUCCGGCAUUGAUAAAAGCAUGCAGACAUUUAAAAAUACAGUUCUGACGAUUAGUCGAGUGGCGAGUAAAGCUAAUUCAAUCAAAUCGAAAAAUAGUUCUAGUAUUUCUCCCCAAGCCCCAAUUCAAAACUCUUCUUCAGUUUCAUAG